AUGCUGGAGCAGACGGAGAGCGCAACUCUGACGGGAAAAGCAGAGACGGCGGGGAACGGAGGAUCAGAAGGAGAAGGAAUCGACGGUGAAGGCGGGAGAGUGUGGGAGAACGUGGCAAAGGCUUCUACGCGGCGGUUCGGGCAGAACGAAGGCGAAGGCGAGGAGGUGCGCGUGGUGCUGUAUCGCGACGACGCCGCGUGGUGCCCCUUCUGCCAGCGCGUGUGGCUGCAGCUCGAGGAGAAGCGCAUUCCGUACCGGGUUGAGAAAAUAAACCUCAAGUGCUACGGGCCAAAGCCUGAUUGGUUCUUGGAGCUCGUGCCCAAUGGCAUGCUGCCAGCUGUCCAGCUAGACGGGCGAGUGAUCACAGAGUCCGUGACUAUAAUGAAGGAGAUCGAAGCCGCCUUCCCAAGUCACUCGCCGCUCCUCCCCCCUCCCUCUGAUGCGCACGCAGCAGAGGCAGCAGAGCAGCUGAUGGGUCUGGAGAGGGGGUUGACUGGGGCGUGGCUCAAGUGGACCAAGGGAAAGGAUGCCAUGCGCUGGCUUGCCGGUGGUAGUGGGGCCGGAAGCAGCAGCAGUGGGGGUAGCAGCAGUGUGAGCAGUAGUGGCAGCAGUAGCAGUGGCGAGGGUGCAGGCGAUGAGGAGGAGGGGGAGGGGCGGAGGGAGUUUGAGGCGGCAAUGGAUGCCAUGGAAGAGGCUUUGGUGAAGAGCGGAGGGCCUUACUUCCUUGGGAAAGAGCAGUUCUCCCUUGUUGACGUGACCCACGCGCCUCUCCUGGAGCGAUUCGCUGCCAGUGCACCGUACUGGAAAGGCCUCACAGUGCGGAACAACCCUCGCUGGCCGGCGCUCUCCCGCUGGUACGACGCCAUGGAUGCUCGACCCGCCUACCUCCCUCUCAAGUCUGACGAUUUCUCCAUCACCCACUCCCUUGUCCCGCAAAUUGGGCCGGUGAUCGCCAGCACCAAUCCAACGGCUGUGGCGCGCCGGGCUUUUAUUGAUGGAUGGGAUGGGACGGGUGCAUGGGAUCUGCCACUGGGGGAGGAGGAGACGGCGUGGGGGAGGGAGGAUGGGACGGGGGGGGAGGGGCGGAGGGCGCAGAGAGAGGUGGUGCAGGCGAUUGUGGGGAAUCAUGACAGGCUAGUGGCCUUUUGCCUGCGUUCUUUGGGGGAUUCUGCACAUGUUUCAGCCGCUACGACUACUGGGGAUGCUGCUGGUGCCAUGGGUGCUGGUGCCGCUUCUAUGAGCAGCCAGACUCAUGCGGACCAAGCUGAGCCACAGCAGCAGGCCAUCACAGCGGAAUGCCUUGCGCCAGCUGUCAGCGAGGCGUUGCGCCACGUGGCGCAUGCACUGCUGGUCGGCACAGAAGCAGCAGGCCCAUUCCCUGCCGUGUCCCAGUCACUUCAGAUGAUAAGUGGUGGGAGCAGAAGUGAGGAUGUGAGGGCAGCAGGGGAAGAACGGUUGGUGAUGGCUCUUGCGUAUCUGAGGGAUAGAGUUGGGGUGCCAAGGGACUUGAGUUAUCCAGCUGCAAGGCAGCUCCGAGCUCACCUUCAGUGGGUCGUUCGGUCAUUAGGAUCCCCAAUGUAA